UCGGCCCCCUCCAGAAGCCACCGACACCUUCUGCACCUGCACUGCUGUUGGGUUAGAGCCUAAUGUUGUGUUACACAAUGGAACUCUUCCUCACUGCCCUAUUUCUCUGUAACUGGAUCACAGGUACAAACCAGCUGGGGCUCUCAAAAAUCUCCGGUUCUCUGACGAAGGGAAAGCCAGAGACACUAAAGCUGGACUGCAAGCCCGGACCGAGUGAGUCCCUGGACAAUGCCGUGUUCUGGUUCCGCCAACAGAAAGACACAAAAACUCCUGAGUCUAUUUUGUAUCUCAGCUCAGCGUCCAAACAGAAACUCAGCGAUGAAAACACCUUUAAGCACUUUAAAGCGAGGAAAGGGUCGUUUGCAUUCACCCUGGAAAUAAACCCAUUCCAGGAGAAGGAUGAAGGAACCUAUUACUGUAUGAUUAACGUGAACUCCAUCCUUUCCAUCAGUGCUGGGUUACAGCUCUUCUACCCUGCUGAUACAACUCCAAAGCCAACGACCACAAAGCCACCUACGACCACCACCAAAAUGCUCAACCCGGAAAAGAAAGAUCCGUGUGGCUGUAAUGAGUCCAAACCAGAACCUGCGUCCAAUGAUUUGGGGAUCCAAUGUAAUAUGAACAUCUUGGCCUCUCUGGGGGGACUGUGUUCUCUUCUGCUAAUCGCCCUACUGACGACCUCCAUCUUGCUCUGCAAAAGAGGAAGGCCAAGACGCUGCAGGUGCAAGCAUGUGCCGUUGGCUGAGAAGAACUGCAAGCCAAAGCCAGUUGCACGAUACCAGUAAUUCUCUCCAAGGAACCAACUUACUGCUGAGUGUGAUCUUUGGGCCAAUCAUAAAGCAGCCUCUGUGUGUCCCGGCUUUGCUAUUGGGCUCAGCCAAUGCUCAAUGAGAUACAUGAGCCAAUGUAAGGGCAGCGUCACUUUUAUGCUUUCUCUCCUCUUCCUCAAAUCACAGCUCAAAGUGCUGGAAUAAAAAUAAGAGACACUUGUUCCAACAAAUAGCAAGGUAUUUCUGUGAAGGUUACAUGCAACUGUAUAUGGACUAUCAGAGCACUGUAUUGCAUAUCCUAUACAUAUUAUAUACUGUACAUAGCUAAGGAAAUGUGUUGAGAUGCUCCCCUGUUGUUAUUGCUUCAAUUGCUUUCCUCCUGUUUCAAAGGGGACAUAAAGGGUCAGGAACAAGUAUCUGCCAAUGCAUGAUGCACCUCGCAAAAUACAAGAGAUGUGCCUUUAAAAGUUGCCUUUUGAACUGUUUUAAUGAAAAUUGCCCCGCCCCCCACAAAAGCAGGCAGCUUUCUAAGGCUUCUUAAAGAAUAAGAAAACCUUAAAAAUAAGUUACUGUCAAAUGGAUGAGGGGCUAUUCUAAGCACUUAUGCAAUGUACAUU